UCCUGCGACCAUGUUGUUAAUAUGAUCCAAAUUAUUUUCUGUCUUUUAUUCUUCAGGCUUCUAGUUUGGAAGAGGCCAUCUUGCAAGCUGAGCAAGUCUUACAGUCAGUGGAAAGGAAGCCCAAAUUUAAAAACACUGGUUCUAAUAAAUGGAAAUCAAUACAUCAACGUCUUCAGGAGCUAUAUGUUGAAGAAUGUAACAAGGAAUCAAGUGAUACAAGUGUGAAGAGUAGUACCCAUCUUCUCGAUAAGCUAGCUAAGAGAGAUAAACUUACCUGUCUGGUGGUUAAUCUGUUCCCUGGCAACCAAGGAUUCUCAUUAAUGCUUAGAGGCAAAGAUGGCAUAGACACAGAGACAUUGAAGCUACCCUAUGAUGAAUCAGACUUCUUGGAUUAUCUUGAUGCUGAAGAGCUUCCUCCGUUACUAGUGGAGCUCCUUGAUAAAGCUGAUACAAACAUCUUCUACAGCGGCUGCGUAGUGACUGAAAUAAGAGACUAUCGGCAGUCAGCUACUGGUCAGACAUAUCACUCCAAGCACAUACUACUCAGACCUACACCACAGACAUUGGCAUACGAUAUCAAUUCAAUUACAAGUAAUGAUCCACGAUGGAGCAUGGAUGAUAAGUUAGCUCUUGAGAGUCAACUUCUGCUAACCACUCAAGAACCUCUAUGUCUUGAUCCAUCAGUAGCAGUAGCCUGUACUGAGAAUAUAAUACACCAAGAGAAACAUAGACUCAAUACAAGACCUCUCAAAAAGUGUAUGAAGAGAUAUUCUCAGAUUGCCCGUAACCGUCGAGCUACUUUUAAGUCCUUCCCAGCACCACCUGGUCUUAGGCUUCAUGACUUCCUUGCUAAGAAGAAAGAGAGGGCACCCCCUCCUAAGGUCAAUCUCAAAGUUGGCAAACCGUGUGUUGACAUGUGGAAGCAGAGAGAUUUAGACCUUUCUGUACCUGAUAACGUUCCUGUGUCCCAAUUUGCAAGCCAUUCAGAUAGACCUAGAGAAAGAAGUAGUGGUGGGGUUAUACCUGUUGAGGAGGUGAUCUUGGAGACUGAGAGAGGAAAUGGACGUCUGCAGCAUGUCAGAGUUACUAUACAGCAACGUCAGCUAGAUCAAACAUACCAAGGAGAGCAGUAUAUUGAUAGGAAUUACAACCCUAAUGAUCCACAGCAUCCUAGAACUAAUGCAAACUUUACCAAGUUCUAUCUUGGCUCAUUACAAAAUGCACAAAGGUAUCUAAAACAAUUAACUGAAAGCCUGUCAUUGGAGACAAGACAACCGGUGAAGAUAUCCCGGGUCAUGGCAGGUCAACCUCCUCAGCUGAUACAGAACCCUGCCUACCAAUCACACCAACAACAGGGUUCUAGGGGAUCCACUCAGCAGCAGCAGCAGGGGGGUGCGACAGGUGGAGGAGGGGGUGGUGAUGCAGGUGCAUCGGUAUCAGCCCAAGGGGGUCGUACUACUACUACUGGUGGUGCUAGCAUGGAUGCUAGUAACCUGCAGCAGAAUAAUAAUAGUAACAAUCAGAUGGGAGCAGGGGGUGACAUGGCUCCAUUAGAUGCCAAGCAAUCUCUGAAACUUCAGCUUCCUUUGAAUGCUGCCGCAGCCGUUAAUAUGAGCAACACUCUCUCAAACCAGCUCUCACAGUCCGGAUUAGCCGGUUCAAUUAAUUCCCAAGGUCAAAUCAUUCAGAUCACAGGAAAUCAACAAAGUCAGCUACAAGGUCAGGUACAAACACAAGGUCAAACAGCGGGGUCAAAUAUUGCUGUCCCUAGCCCACGCUUGCCUGGUAUGGGCAGACAAUCGCCUGCAUAUCUCAAUAGGGCAAACAAUAACAACAAUGCUCAGCAGGAAAUACUCCCUUCUCCUGUUGGUACACCUACAUCUAUGCCAUCAACACCUCCCGUGUCCAUGUUUAGUGCCAGUGUAGGGGCACAGCUUCGACAAUUGAGGGCGCCCUUGUCUAACCCUCAACAGCCCCAGAGGCCCAUUGCUACCUCUCGUCCUCUCCCUCCAAUCCUUGGGCGUCGUUCAUCUGGUUUAGACGCCCGUCAGGUCCUGGCUGCGGCUGCUCAUUCAGCUAAUCUCCCAGGUUCUAUGGGGCCUCCUCCUACACCCCCACCCUCAACCACACCUUCCCUUCAACCAUCUGUUACCCCUCCACCGGUCCAGGGUAGGACUAAUACCCCCUCUCCUCUUGGAUCUGGAUCAGUUACAUCUACCAAUCAGAUGGCUAUGACUAUUGCUAUGGCACUGGUCAACUCUCAACAAGGAGGCAUUCCUCAAUCAGGGAACACUAGUAAUAUCAUCAACACUCCUAUUGGUGUCAUGACAACCCUCCCUGGUUUCUCACCACAUCAGUCUGGUGGAAUGAUACAGCUAUCAUCCUCUUCAGCUAACUCUAACAAUGAUGUCAUCACAGUGGUAUCCUCGGGGGUUUCCCCAGCUACGACAUCACAAUCUGGUGUUAUCCAAGCUCCUGCUAAUGUCUUAACUGGACCAAUCAACAUCAUCAGUGGUGGUCAAGGUCUUAUAGGUACCGGAGGUCAAGCUGUGAUAGCCAAUGCUCAAGGUCAAGGGAAUAACCAGCUGACUCCAGCCAAGCUAGCCCAGCUGAUGACAAUGAACCUAAAGAAUACUACACUGAGAGCUGCAGCGGCACAGACAGCUGGGGCAGGGGGAGGAGCUGGAGCAGGAGGCAGUGCUGCAGGAGGAGCAGGAAAUAAUCAAGCUCAGCAGAUAUCUCUUCUUCAGGGCCAACAACAGUUGCUCUACAACACCGCCAUUCAGCAACGCCAAAUAAAUCCAGCAACUCUUCAACAACUGCAGCAACAGUUACAGCAUUUGGCAGCACAGAAUCAACAGCAGCAGCAGCAGCAACAACAACAGCAACAACAGCAGCAGCUCUCAGGGUCACAGGGCCAGGCUACAUUCCAACAGCUAACUGCAUUACAGAAGCAGCAGCAAGCCCAGGCUGUUUACCAGAAGCAACAAAUUCUCAGACAACAGCAACAGCAGCUCCAACAAUUACAACAGCAACAACAACAACAACAGCAGCAGCAGCAACAACAACAGCAGCAACAGCAGUUGUUGAAAGGAAAAGGUAAAAAACAACGAGCAACACCUACUCCUCCGCAAUGAAAUCUAUAAUAUAUUUAUACAAAGACCCUGAACCUUAUUAUGUACUUCUAACUUCUAUUGCAUUUACAGCCAGUAGCCUGGAUUAACGAGAAUUUAGUGCAUUUUCCUGGUAAUCUUUUCCAGUUGGGAUUUACUGCAUUUAUAUGUGCACAGCCCAAUACAAGUAAUGUAGAUGAAUUUCAUCAAAGCUACACUCUCAGUGGAUAAUUUUUUUGCAAGACAGAGCAAACUUAAUACAAAUAGACCCCUUGCUCCUUAUUUGUAUAUUUGUACAAAUAAAAUUUAACAAUGCCAGUCAGUUUUACUCACUAGGCAUUAAGUUUUGAGAGAAUGAGUUAAAGCCCCAUCUAUCAAGUAUAAGACUGGUAUCUGUGAAAUUUAAAGGCUAAAACACAAGAUGAUUUACCCUAAAUUUCUACAGCAGCAAAAUCACAGAUCACUUGGCCCAUGCUUCUACCAUGUCCUUCAAAUUUGUAUUCCUCCAUGAAAGAUCCUAGAACUGUGUGAUAUUAUCCUAUGGAGGCUGACAUGUGACCUGUCCAUAGUGACAAUAAUGGUUCCAAUAUUGAGCACUAAUAUUACCCUUUUGCAAUAUCUGGGCUUGUCUAAUGAAGAGUUGCAAUUGAUCCGAUCAAUGCAUGUUUGUUCAAAAUAUUUUCUAUGAACUAUAUUCAUGCAUUCAUUGUUUUCUUGAAAAUUCACUGUGCUUCUCUUUGUUUAACAAGGGACAUUGGGCAAAUUUAUUGUAGAAAAAAUUAUGACACUGAUGGAUUUCUAUAGUUACGAUUGAUUGGAUCAAUCAUAACUCUUUGUAAGACGGGGCCCUGUUCAUGUGUUUUACCUAAAGUUCUAGUGUGAAAAUUGAAUUUAGAUGUCAUAAUCAGUUUCAAAAUUCUGUUUGAUGCAUAUUGAUAACAUGCACUUUGUAAUAUUGUCAUGAUUCUAGUAUUAUGUUUAUGAACAGAAUUGCUGAGAUGAUAUUUUAAAUUUUUAGGAAAUUUGUCUAAAAAUGAAGGUUUUUGUCUGAUAAUGCAGCGGGUUUAUUGAUUAAUAGCCUGUGCGAAUCCCAGUUCAGUUAUGGGAAAAGUUGAAGCCAUUAUGCCUUAUCAAAAGGCAGGCUAUCCCAAUUAAUAUGUUAUUGAAGCCAUGUAUUUUCACUUUCCUGAACAUUAUAUCUUUAAAGCACAGAUGCAAUAAUGUAUGCUUGGAAUAGUAGGUUAGACAAAAUUAAAUACUUUGACAAAGUAUAGCCUGUGCUAUGUAUUCAGUGGCAAAAAUAGUGAGGGCUGAGUUAGGAUUUAAUAUCAUUGUUACAAGUACAUUUUGUUUAAAAUACUGAUCAUGAACCAACCAGUGUCAUUCUUUCAUAUUUGCUAUCCAUCUUCUUCUUCCAGUGGAAAUGCUGACUCAAGAUACUGAACAUAUCAAUCCUUUUUGUUAAGGCCCUGAUCUUAUUGUUCUUCAGUGACUAUUCCUAACAUGUUUUGGUUUUCUACCUUUCCAUUUUUAUAAGAUAAAUUAUAUUGAACUAAUUGGUUUCUUUUUAAAUCUUGUACAUACUUUAAAAAUAUGAAACAUACAUGUCGUUAUUUACAUAUUGUCAUUCGUGAAUUAUGCAAUGAAAAAAUUGUCAUUUACAUAUUUUUGUGCUUUGGUGUUUUAGAUAUCAGCUCGAAAGCUAUCUUCAGUAAUCUUAGUAAAAAAUAUUAAUAAAUAAAAGCUAUAUAACUAUUUAAAAUCUUGUCAAAAGUAGAUAGCUUGAAAUUUACGAGGAAAAGAUGAAUGAGGGAGCUAUAUUUGUGUUUAAAGUGAUCAUGUACCAUAAAGAUGCAAUGAUUCUUAAUUCUCAACCCAGAUGAUUUAUAUAUUUAUCUCAGAGUAUUUAUGAUCAUUCAUGAAUUUUAAUGUAGAUAAUUCAAUAAUUUUACUUUCAAGUACAUGUCAUGUUCAUAUCUAAGAAAUUAAACUAAAAAGGGCACAGUAGAAUAACAAAUAAUUACAUUUGUCCCUCCCAAUGAAAUAUUCUAACAAAUUUCAAAAUAGUUUGAUUUAUGGUUAUCUGCACCAAGUUAAAAAAAAGCAUUCCAGAUUACUAAAUGUGUUUGUAAUACCUACAGGUUUUUCUUUUUUCUGUAUGAAUAAGUGUUAUUAAUGAUAAAAUGGCUAAUGUGACCAAGCAAUUCGAUUUCAUACAUGUUAUUAGUUGUGUAUAGAUUAGAGAUAUCGUAUUUCUUUAAGCAGUAGUUUUAUUAGGUACUGAAAUAAAAUCUACUGAUUUUUAACAAGA